UCGGAUGGGACUAGUAGAGAAAGGGAGUUGGGUCAAGGUACACUCAGCCUUUCAUUACUCGUCAUAGAUGAAUGGUUCACCGGGCAGGCAUCCGGGAGCCCGGCUCGCUAUAGGGAGACGUCAAUGCGCUCCGGUCCCGGGUGGAAGAGCCCCCGGCCCCUCCCGCGCAGGCUUCCUUUAUAUAAAGUCCGGGGCCUCGUCGAGUCUGCAGCAGUGGCGCUCGAAGCGGCAGUGGCAAGCGCUCCUUUCCUCCUGUCGCUGCUCCUCCGCUAGGACAGCGCGCUCUCAGCUUCACCGAGAGCCCUGAGGACUUCCCGCCGGGACCAUGCGAGGCUUGGAGCUCCCACUUUUGCUGUUGGCGCUGGUCCUCUGCCAGGCGCCCCGGGGGCCAGCUGCUCCAGUGUCCGCAGGCACAGGCGGAGGGACUGUCCUGGCCAAGAUGUACCCGCGCGGCAGCCACUGGGCGGUGGGACAUUUAAUGGGGAAAAAAAGCACAGAUGAGUCUCCGUCCCUGUAUGUGUCUGAGGGAGACGGCCUGAAGGAGCAGCUGAGGGAAUACAUCCGCUGGGAAGAAGCUACAAGGAAUUUGCUGGGUCUCCUAGAAGCCUUGGGAAACAGAAGCCAUCUGUCACCUCAUCACCAGCCUACUUGGGUUUCCGAGGACCGCAGCUACUCGAAUGAUGUUCAAAACGCAAAGUUGGUGAACUCUCUGCUCCAGAUUCUCAAGGGGAAGGAAGGAACCUCCAGCUAAAGGGACAAUGACAAGGACAGCGUCCAAGGAGCAAAACAAAACCCUUCAGAGACUGCGCUCUGCAAGCACCCAUUCUACUGGACCAUCAACCGGAUUUUCUUUGUGCAAUUUACUUAACGAUUCCUGUAUCUUUCAACCGCGACUAAACUCGUGAUUUUCAAGCAGCAUUUCUGGUUUGAACUUGUUUCUGUGAACAACAGCCGAGAAAGCGUUCCAAUGAAUGCUUUUCCCAGCUAGGCUUUUUGUUGAUUGGAUUCAGGGCUCCA